AUGUCUUGUCCUGAACAGUUUUUUUUCAGUUCCACACUCCCUAAAUCUAAUGAGGCAGAGAUAGGUGGGCGAGAACAUUUUAGAAGGCUAGUAUGCUUACGUUACCACGCUCUGGUGGCAUCACAAAAUAUACCUACGCCUAUAGAUUCAUUGCAAGGGAACUCUUUCCAGUAUAUUAGACUUAAUGAGUUUCCUAUGUCCGUAUGUGACCUGGCCAUUAUAUUGGACUCCUGCGGCCAAUGUUUGGAAGGAGGACUUGUACGCCUACUAGGACUCAUUACAGUUGUAAUCCCCUUAGAUAGAUUCGUUGCAAGGGAACUCAUUCCAGAAACUCAUCUUUGUCAAUGCCAUUACCGUGAUUUUCUUAUAAUGGAUAUUUCAAGCGGAGUUUCUUCCUAUUUCAAUAACACAGAGAUUGAAGCCUGGAGUUAUAUGGGUUGUCUAGAAUAUUUAGCGAAAGUGUCAAAAGACAAAGCCCUAAGGAUGGAUGAUCCUGCGAAACGUUCAUUUCAAUGCAUAGAAGUUACCUCAUUUUUUAAAAGACUUGAUACGCAGUCUUGCAUAUGCCACCAAAAAUCUCGUGAACGCAAAAGAAAAUUAUAUGAAUCGAAACUGAAGGCAUGUGCGUAUGACAGAUUUGUCGAAAAUACGGAUAUGAAAAAUGAUCGUUCAUCAAAAUGCCUUAGACAAGAAACAAUAAUUUCAGAAGAGGACGAAAAACAACCUGACGCAAAUACAGUAUCCAAAGCAGAUGACGAUAAUUUUGAAGAGGAAAAGGACGACGAUGAAGAUCAAGAUGCAGAAACGGUUGAAGAGGAAUCAUAUUCAUCCAACUAUGUGUCAUUUUCCCAUAUGUGCAUCUUUUCUGAAUCUUAUUCGCAACAAGCAUCAAGUGAUUCGUCAUCAUUGUUAUCUGUUUUAAAGAAAUAUUGCGCAAAUAAAUCCACCUCGCUAUAUGAUCCGGCCCAUAGCUUCAUUGUGGAUCUGUCGCUAUCUUCAAAAAUAAGAGGGCAAUUUAGUAAUGAGGAGUGGGCAAAAUUGGUCAAAAGAAGACCUGAUGUGGUUCAGAAAUCAUAUUAUCAUGAAAUCGAGUCCCUUAUUUCUCACUUAUUUGGCCAAAAAAUGGAUCUAUUACAAGCUCGCAAACAAUGGUACGAACUGAGAAAUUUGGUUGCUCCUAAAUACAAUCUUAUACAGAGAAUGACUGAGAAAAACUUGGAUGCAUUUGAAUCACUUCGAAAUCCAUUGCAAAAUGAUUGUCAUGAACGAGAAUGGACUGCUUGCGGUGAACCUUAUUCCUAUGAUUUAACUAAACUUGCUUCUGACGAAUUCAACCUUUCAAGAAUAAUGAAAGAUAUGCUCGAUGACCUAGAGUUAAAGCUUCUUAAGGCUGGAAAGGAUUAA